AUGGAGAUUGGCCUCGACGAACUGAUCGAGUCCCUCCUAACUGAAAUCGCCUUCUCUGGCGUUCGAGGAUGUUCGGUUUCUACGUUACUGAAGACGAUAGAUUCUUUUUAUAAUGGUGCUCAGGAACAGAUUGGCACUUCUGUACAGCAUCGUGGUGAAAGGCCGACACCAAGUAACGCAAAUGCUAACUCUCCGCCAAUCGACAAUGCACCGCGGACUUCUCAGGAUCCCAGUAGUCAUGAGUUUUGCAUGUACUCAAAGGUCUGGGGAUGGCUGGUGUCGAGAGCAGAUGUUUCCGUAGGCACUAACAGACAAUUCAAUCAUCGCAAGUUAGAGGAGAUCCUAGCUCUUCCAGAAGAGGAAGACGACUUGCCACCCACAGACGAUGCUAGCACAUCUCAAAAUCAAAAUACUACUCCAGCAAAUGAACGCCCGAGUGCUUCGAAGGGCCGCCGAGGCCUGCAAGAGACUGUGCCAAAGUACAGACCUCGCCUUCAUGUUUCGGAUGAGCGACAAUGGAAAACAAUUGCUGGACAUGGUCCAGAUCUCAAGCGGCUACCGUUCUUUGAAUGGAAAGCACUUGUUGAUAUUGCAUCUGUGAGGGAGAAGGGUAUUCUUCAAGGAGAUCUGGUUCGACUGUCUGGCCAAGAUAAGAGAUCUCUCCCCACUCGCACCGACGCUCUGGCAAAAAAGGGGUACAUUAUCAAACAACCUAUUAUUCUUCGAGGAUGUCGCUCUAGUAAAUUGUGGCUUGCUCGAUUUGCCGACAAUGCAAAGGAAAAUCGUGACGGUCUUAAUCUUGAGACGCUCGACUUAUCCAAGGAGACUUUAACCAAAGAUCUUCGCCCAGUUCCAUUUAGCGCUAGCUGGAACGGCGAGAGACUGGAUUAUAUAGCCAUUGCGCAGGCUUUCAAUGCUGUCAUUAAAGCAUGGGGAAUUAUGAGAUACUGCGAUGUUCGGACUAAGUUAGAUGCUAACCGUGUGCCACAAAUGAGAGCCUUGGCGAAAACAUCCCGAUGGUUUACCAGCAUAGGAGCAGUUACGUUUGUAGCUGCACGAUUCGCGAAUGGCCAGAGGCUCUUCAAAGACUGUGUGAAAUUCAUCAGGGAGCCAACGGCUGAGGAGUGGAGAGUCUUCCGAACAACACCAAGUGCUCAUAUCAGAGUCCCUUCGGCCCGGCUAGGAAAAAGAGGACAAGCGUCUCGGGCUAGAUUUAACAAGGGAGCUAAGCCCAGUCCUCAUAGUCAAGUCAAGCCGAAGCAGGUCUCAACCCAAGAGCGCCAAACAAAAUCGAUACAUAAGGAGCAAUUUGUACCAUCUCUGUGGACCCCGUAUAAACCUAUGGUCAAUACAACAUUCGAGAUAAUCAAAAGAGCUGGCCCCAAGGGGUCUUCAAACCUCGAAAUCGGUCGCCAGACAUUAGGACAUAGCUAUCGCAAGUACAUCGCCGCACUUACUGGGACAUUAUCAUUGCCCAACUCUCAGCCCCCUCACCUACAACACCUUAACGUUACGUCGCAGCUUAAUCGCAUAGGGAAAACAAUGACCUACCAGUUCUUCGCGAAUGGAGAAGUUGGCAGCUCCACAGAACAAAACAAUGGAAACAAUGCCGAUGGCCAGGAUGUGAAUUCGGAAGUGCAAACUUUCGACGUACACACAUCACAGCGCCGUGUAGCAAUAACAGGAGGUGCUUAUACUUAUUCGCAGAUCCAAUCAUCUAAACUGAUGUCAUCACCUGCCUCGUUCUCCCAGCUUCACGACACCUUCCUAGCACCGAGACCACAAAAGAAUAGAAAGAGGAAGAGAGGUUUAGAGGAACCCACUAAGGACCCAUGUGGUGAUGUGCAAGAGCACCCUAAAAAAGUACCUCGAAUAGAAACAGCGUCUUCGGGAGAUGUUGGUACAGAUGCACUAGCUGCAGCAGAUGGUGAGGUUAUAAACGACGACCAGGGAACACAUCUGAAUGUGAAUGGACCUAUUCCUGUACCUGUCCCUACGACCAGCCCGCAACAAUCUAUCGAACAACCUAUCCUCGACAUUAUACAAUCUACUCCCCCUGAGCAGCUUUCAUCGCCCCCGCCGCCUUCUCGACCAUCUGGCGUAUAUCGCGAGCCUGACAACUCGUUGGAUCCGCCUGGAAGGAAGGGACGACGAAAAAAGUCUCUUGUUCUCACAUUAAAGUGCAAUUCACUUAAGGCUUGGUUAGAAGGUAUACAAGAUAACAACCCCGCAAAUCUUGGUGAAAUUCCUUCGUACGAACCCAGUACCCGGCCUUCAAGCCCAAUGCAAGAGCCGCCGCGAGCUACUCUUGACAAUAGCUUGGCCUUAUCGGAAGAAGCAGGAUCAAAUCAGGCCAAGCUGAGGCCGACUAAACGUGGCAGUAAGACGAUAUUCCGAUGUGAUAAGUGCGGAAAUAGCUGGAAGAAUUCGAACGGGUUAGACUAUCACCUCAACAAAUCCCGCACUACUUGCAAUCCCGCUUAUACCCCAACGCCGGCACCACCUCCUAGACAACUUGCGAAGCUAAAGGAAGCACCCAAGGCGGCGUUACCGAAAACACCUGACGGCCAAGAACAAAGCAAUGGCUAUGAUAAUCUCCAGGUACCAGAAUUAGCUCGUAAGCCAUCGCAGCGUAAUUCUAUUGUAGGGAGUGGCCGGCGCUUGCUACCUCACAAGCGUGUUCGUUUCAGCGAAAAUCUUAUAUCCAGUCAGAAUACCAGUGACUCAGCUACACAAGAAUAUACCGGCAGCUCUAUUAUUUUACAAGAUGUUGAUGCUUAUGAUGUUAUCGAUCAUCGAAAACGAAGAGAGAAUAGCCAGGCAACGUUGACCGAUCUUUCCGGUACGAUUCCUCCAGCAAGUCAAGUGAAUCAAAGGUCGUCCCAUAUGACACCCAAGAAGCCUCAAAAUGGUGCGCCAAAUACCAACCAAAAACAGGAAAUUUCUGCGAUGCAGGAAACUUCCCAGAAAAGAACAAGCAAGUCUGCCUUGACACGCAAACGUGACCGAACAACUGGAGCUGAGAAACCUGAAUCUUAUAUUACUGCAUAUGAACCCUAUCCAGGGCAAACAGAUAUCGGGAAUGAGACGCCUGCGCCGCCCGAUUUCAACUUAAGGAUCAAUCUACUAAAACCCGUCGUGCCUAUAGCCCGCGCCCCAUCUAGAACUGCGGCUUCACCGGCUGUUAUUCAUUAUAAUGGAUCAAACAAGAGCCAAGACUCUGCUAUAGUUAGUAGUCACUUAGACAGCGACGUUACGCAGUCAAAUCAAUCAUCUCCGAAGAAGCCUCGUAAGUCGUCUACACUCACCGUGGGUACAAUACGCAAGGAUCGGACAACUUCUAUUAUCGAACAUCUACUUGACAGGAAUGACGGAGUUUUUCCGGGACAGCGAUCUUUAUACUUGGCUAUAGUAUCUCUCUGGGUCAAGAGGUAUAGUGAUAUUGAGCCCCCAGACUGGAAGGUGUGCCAGAACUUGGUGAACAAGAUGGAGAAGGCCGGUGCAUUGGCGCAGCACCGGUUCUUCUUCCUCGACGAUAAUGGCAAACUUCAAGAAUGUUGCGUACUUACAAAGAGCCGGCAAGGCGCGCCUACUGCCACGGAUUUAGCUGCGGAUCCCAAAGUGGAAACGGUAAAGGAGAAGAUGAGAGAAAUGCACCCAGAGCCGUAUAUACCAGAAGAAUUUUCACUCUCGCAGGAUGAGAGCGAGCUUUUCGACGCGCUUGCAUCGAAAUACAGAGACUCCACGUCGUCAAAUGGACCUCGAAAGCAGCUUAGAAAAUCUAACGUAACCGAAGAUAUUGAAGUAUUACAAUACCAGGCUUAUGUCGUUAACGACGCUUCCACACAUGCAGCUAGCUCGAAGCGACCAGCUGAAGAAGAUGAAUCGUUAGAUAUAGCACCCGCCAAGAAGAUUCGUGUGGACGACGGCACCAUAGAUAAAUCUAGGAAGACACCAAAGCCGCGGAAACGAGGCGAUAGACGUGAAUCAUGGGCGACUGCCAAAGUUGCAAAAUAUAUUUGGAACCAGAAGCAGAACCCAGGCGAUAAAUGGGCUCAGAAGCACGCCUGUCUUCAAAACUUUGCUACAAGCACAUGGUCAAAUUCACCCCAAGAAGCUACCUCAAUGCGUCUCAGUAUUGAUAUGAUAUUAUCUUCACUACGAACUUCUCGCGAAAAGGCGCUACUAUCCAUGGGUCGACUUUCCAGCAAUGAGCCCAACAGUGCAAACGUGCCGAAGGAAAACAGUGCACUCUCACCUGGAGAGCUUCUUUGGAAUCAUGAUUCGAUUGGGUUUGGCAAUGGAGAAAGCUACGAGCAAGCAACGCCUGGAGUAAUAGAGAUGGCCGAGAAAAGCCCAGUUGAUCGAUUUGUCAAGCCUUCUAUAUCUACAUCAUUCAUACCAGAGGAUUUGGGGUCUGAAGAAGAGGAUGAUGAUACAAUGUCACCUGGAGCACAUCAUGGAGAUGUCCCGGAUGAGAGCUUGAAUCAACCCUUGGCAGAGUCUGGUACUACAUUUGUACAGAGUAAACUGAUUCGAAACACGAAAACUGGCUGCUGGCCUUGGCUGCCAGUCAGCUUCUUUGAGUCGAAUUCCACGAGCUUUACGUUGGCCGGGGCCAUGCCAGAAGCCAAAUGGUUUCAGCUAGCAAAUUUGCCACAAAAUUCCGGGGAUAUUUUCAAAUCAAUUCGAGGCAAAUUUCAAUUCAACUCUUGGGCGGAUCCCUCGUACGGGAAGUUCCUACGAGAAGUGGGUAUCAUCGAGAGAUGGGAGCAAUCUGCUGAAGGGUCUCAGAUCCUCUUGCAUGGAUCAGUUGCACCUGAUUAUAUAUUCAUCUCCCUCUCGUCUGAGGAAUCAAAGGCAAAUAUGAAGCCUAUUGCGCUCGAAUGGCCAAGUAACGGCCAAUACACGGCAAAGAACAUUCCGGACGAGAUCAAGAACGCAACCCUCGACGAUGAAAACGCAGGCUUGUCAAUGAUUCAUCGCAACAGGGGCAGACCAAGAAGAGGGUAUCCUAUCGACUCGCAACCUAAUGAGCAAGCCAAGCCAAGCGAAAAGAAACCCUUGAAAAAGAUACAGAUGGCACCGGCACCGGCACCCCAAGCUGAAGUCCAGUACAAGACGCGAUCGCUCAGACCCAUACCUAUCCAGCAUCGCGGACGCGUGAGCGUACCGCGCCCGAACGAUGAUAAUCAUUUUGGCCUUAGCGGCGAAACAGAGGUCAUAGCCGCAUUCGUUGUCUUCAAAACUCUCCUAGGCGGGGUAGAUAGAAAGGCAGAUAUCGGCUCAAUACUAAAAGCUUUUCCUAAGUUUUCUCACUCGGCGCUAAGAAAGUUCUGGCCCAGAGUUAGCAGGGAGCGAAAGACGUACAUUGAUGCACUGACGGAGAAAUUCCAGUCGGCAUUUUUGGAAGCUUAUGAAGCGGGAGAAGUUGAACCGCUUAACUACGACGACAUCGACUCCUACGAUUGGCAAUCUCUAAUCCUUUGGGCCACUAAACUAGAGACCCACGACAAAGUAGAACUUCCUGGGUCCCGACAUGAUCUAGAAGAUACAUUUUCUCUUGAAGAUGUAGACAACGAAGCUACAGAUUGGAGGGAAACGUGGUUCCAGAACCUAGCUUCUAUAUACUCGCGAGUCGAAGCCACAUCUAGCGAGCCUAUUUCCAUCCCUUUAACUCACAAUACUCCAGCGGGAGACGAAGUCACCGGCCGGGCCAGAUCGUGGGUUCGCUCCUUGUGCGUGACCCCAAUACGGGGCGCGAAGACGCCCGAGGAAAUACGCACAAGGCUCUUAAGUUUGAGUGACGGGAAUGAAGCCGAAACAAAUAGGUUACUCAAGAAAGCCGUCGAUAAGCUUAUAUCAGAGAGGGUGGCUUCAAGAAGCAAAGGGAAGAUCUUGGGUCAAUCUUUACGACUGCACGGAGUGUUUGCGAAACAUCUUGAGAAACCGGCUACAGUUGAGAAGUUCGCACAAUCCGCUAACUUCAAAACGCUAUUAGAUGAGAGCUUCCGCGAAGGGCGGGAGUUUCUUGUUCCGUACGUUGCUGAUGAGGGCACGAUCAUGGCGAUAUUUAACCUUCAAGCCCUCGGUCGCAUUCACGCAGAAGCUGUAGACAUCCCUAAUAUACCCUUUGGUUUUGAGCCAGGUAACUACGACGGCCGGACGUUCCCGAAGAGUUACUAUCAUUUUAACGUAAGGCUGUUGCCUACUGAGAGCUACGUGUACAACGAGGACCUGCCGGUUCUUCAGCAAGUAGGGCAUGUUGGUGUACCCCUAGAGGGAGCUCGAAGAGAGAUACCCAUCUGGGUCGACUUCUUUGGGAAUCUCGACAAGGCCCGCUGGAUUACGUAUCUCAGCAUGACGACUUUGGCGCUCGCAACUAAAGGUCCGUUAACUGCGCAGACGGCGAGCGUGUUGCUGAAGCCGUUCGUUGAACCGUUCGAAGCCAAGUUGAUCAUGGACUGGAUCGACGGUCUAGGCAUUUUGAAACGGUAUGAAUCAGGACAGAGCGCCACAGUAGGGGAGUGGUGGUGGUUGGUCGUAGGUCAACUGGCGCUAGACGUGGUGGGACGAGGCGGCUCCCAAACUUGA